CAGCGGAGCGGCGGCCGGGUGCGGCGGGAGCCAGAUGGGUCCGGCGCCUCCCCGCAUCUGCAGCCGCUCGCCCUCUUUCCUUCGCCUCCAGCCCGUCGCCGUCGUCCCACUCCCGCUGUAACUCCGGGGCCCCGCCCCCGUUGCCACGGCAGCGCGGCCCCUCUGCGGAGAAGCGGCCAUUCCACACACAUCCCGCCCCCCGUGACCGGAGAGCUCCCGCGCCCGGGGGAGACCCGGUGGCUCGGGCGCGUCCUGGGCCUCAGGUCUCUUGGGUGCGAGCGGCGGCCCCGGGGGACUGCCUCUUCCCGCCAUGCCCGCCCCUGGCUGAGGUACUGCCAUGGCUGCAGGAGUUCUGCUGCAAAAUGAACUGCCAUAUUCUUCCUUGCUAGAGAGCAGUCUGUACCUUGCAAACAUGAGCUCAGGAAGUUCAAGGCGUCCCACAGCAAAAUACACAAAAGUAGGGGAGCACCUUCGCCAUGUCAUUCCUGGCCACAUGCAGUGCUCCAUGGCGUGUGGGGGACGUGCCUGCAAAUAUGAAAACCCAGCUCGGUGGAGUGACCAGGAACAAGCCAUUAAAGGGCUCUACUCGUCUUGGAUAACAGACAACAUACUGGCUAUGGCUCGACCCUCAACUGAAUUAAUUGAGAAGUACAACAUUAUUGAACAGUUUGAAAGAUGUGGCAUAAAAACCAUAAUUAACCUUCAGCGUCCUGGGGAGCAUGCGAGCUGUGGGAAUCCACUGGAACAAGAAAGCGGCUUCACCUACCUUCCUGAAGCUUUUAUGGAGGCUGGAAUUUAUUUUUAUAAUUUUGGAUGGAAGGAUUAUGGAGUGGCAUCUUUCACUACUAUACUUGAUAUGGUAAAGGUCAUGGCUUUCGCCUUGCAGGAAGGGAGGGUAGCUGUGCACUGCCAUGCAGGACUUGGGCGGACAGGUGUCCUAAUAGCUUGCUAUUUAGUUUUUGCAACAAGAAUGAGUGCUGAUCAAGCAAUUCUUUUUGUCAGAGCAAAAAGGCCUAAUUCUAUUCAAACUAGAGGGCAGUUAUUAUGCAUCAGAGAAUUCACUCAGUUUUUGGUUCCUCUGAGAAAUGUAUUUGCGUGCUGUGAGCCCAAGGCACACACAGUGACACUGUCCCAGUACCUGACCCGUCAGAGACAUCUGCUCCAUGGUUAUGAGAGUAGGCAUCUCAAACACGUGCCAAAACUUAUUCAUCUGGUUUGCAAAUUGUUGCUAGACUUGGCAGAAAACAGACAAGUGAUAGAGGCAGAGCUGUUAGAUAUACCAGAUCUCUCAGCUGAAAUUGAAAAGACUGUUUCUCAGUUGUUCUCCACACAGCUAGACAGAGAACUCUCCAGGCAGGACAGUGAUGUGUCAGAAUCGUCCCACACCCACUCAUCCACUUCUGAGACCCAGGAUUCUCUUUUCUCCCUGGGACAUGAACGUGAUCUCCUUUGGAAAAGAGGCAAUGUCGAAUGCCUUCAGCCUCUUACUCAUCUGAAAAGGCGUUUAAGCUAUAGUGACUCAGAUUUAAGGAGAACCGAGUUUCUUUUAGAACAAGGAGAAACUGCAUGGACAGUACCUGCUCAGAUAUUACUGUGCAACAAGCAGAACAGUGGUGAGGAGUGUUCUGCCACAGGGGAGCAAAAGCAACAGUUGGAUUUAAACAAAGAAGCUUUAGUGCGUAACACGUGUGUGUUCUGGAGUCAAGGUAAAUUCAGUUUGGAUGGACAAAAAGAUGGAUCCUCACUGUAUCACAGAAGGAACUCUACCAAAGAAGUACAACGCAGCAGAACCUUUUCCUCAGGUCUAGCAACUCUCCACAAUACCAGGGAACCUGGAAUGCCAAGGCAUAAUUUUACCAAUGAGAUUGGUCAUAGAAAAGACGACAAGACUAAUAUGUAUAGCAGAAGAGUCUAUGCCUCUGAGGACUCCGAUUCUUCUUCUAAAGUGAACUUUUCUAUCGGAUGUGAAAGCCAAGGGAGCAAAGAUGUGUCAGAAGCCAUUCCACACAUUGUUCUGCAGUCAGAGUUAAGUCUGGAAGCCCGAAGAGUUUUGGCAGCAAAAGCACUUGCAGAUAUCAAUGAAUUUCUGGGAGAGGAUGAAGUGAAGCAGAAGGUGGAAAUGUGGCAGAAAGAACUGAAUUCACGAGAUGGAGCUUGGGAUAAAAUCUGUACCGAGAGAGAUCCUUUUAUCCUCUGUAGCUUGAUGUGGUCCUGGAUAGAGCAGCUGAAAGAACCUGUUAUAUCCAAAGAUGAUAUUGACAUGCUGGCAAAAAAUUGCACAGAAUCACAGGAUGCACUUUACUUACUGAAAAAGGAACAGUGUCAGACUAUCCUUUGUAUCUUACACUGUGUGGUGAACUUGCAGAUGCUACCAUCUGAUGUGGAGGAGGCCUUACUUGCUCGUGCUAUUAAAGCUUUCACUAAGACAAACUUCGAUUCUGAAAAUGGACCAUAUGUUUACAAUACCUUGAAAAAAGUAUUUAAACAAGCACUGGAAGAUAAAAGAAAAAAGCUUAAGGAAGGAACAGAGAAUCCCUCUUGAUUUCUGCACACCUGCGCCGAAGAAUUAGAUGGGCCUACCAAAUCACUUUGCAUUUUCCAGCUACUAUAAUUUGUGCUCUCUGGCAUGAUUUACCUAACUCUAGGUAACAGUCAUUAUUAACAAAGCAUUUUAUCUUUUUAGAGGGAGUUUUACUGAGAGUUGUUCUAUCUACACAGUGCUAAACAACAGCUCCCAUGUGACCGCACUGCGGCAGUUGGUUUCAGGUUCUGUGCUUUUGUAUCCCAACUGUUCUCUUCAAAUGUAUUUAUUGAUUUAGAAUCCUCUGCCAUUGACAAGCAACAUCACUUUCAGAAUACAAGAUUGCCACAAGUUCAGUGCCAUGGUUUGCAAAGAUGUAAUGGAUGGAGUUGCUAUUUGUGUAUUACAGAUGUUUACA